GGCGGCCAUCGGAUGCCUAGGGACCCGCUCGCGUCUGCAGCCGCCGGGGACAGGUGCAUGUGACAGCAUUGCAGUGAUGAGUGGAAUUUUAAAGAGGAAGUUUGAAGAAGUUGAUGGCACCUCACCUUGUUCCUGUGUGUGGGAAUCAGAUGACGACAUUUCUAGCAGUGAAAGUGCUGACAGUGGAAGUAAUGUCCAUCCAUCCACUUCUAAUCAUUUUACUCGUGCAUGUGACAGCAUUGCAGCGAUGAGUGGAAUUUUAAAGAGGAAGUUUGAAGAAGUUGACGGCUCCUCACCUUGUUCCUCUGUGCGGGAAUCAGAUGAUGACAUUUCUAGUAGUGAAAGUGCUGACAGUGGUGAUAGUGUCAAUCCAUCCACUUCUAAUCAUUUUACCCCUUCUUCAAUCCUGAAAAGAGAGAAGCGGAAGAGAACAAAAAAUGUCCAUUUUAACUGUGUUACUGUGUAUUACUUCACGAGAAGGCAAGGCUUCACCAGUGUGCCCAGCCAAGGGGGAAGCACGCUGGGAAUGUCUACUCGCCACAACAGUGUGCGCCAAUACACGCUUGGAGAGUUUGCAAUGGAACAGGAGAGGCUUCACCGAGAGAUGUUAAGAGAGCAUCUAAGGGAGGAAAAACUCAAUUCGCUAAAAUUAAAGAUGACAAAGAAUGGUACAGUGGAAUCUGAAGAAGCUAAUACGCUGACACUGGAUGACAUUUCUGACGAUGAUAUUGAUCUAGACAACACUGAAGUAGAUGAGUACUUCUUUCUACAACCCCUGCCGACAAAAAAGCGAAGGGCAUUGCUGCGAGCUUCUGGAGUGAAGAAGAUUGAUGUGGAAGAAAAACACGAGCUGCGGGCCAUCCGCCUGUCCAGAGAGGAUUGUGGCUGUGACUGCCGUGUGUUCUGUGAUCCAGAAACUUGCACUUGCAGUCUUGCAGGCAUAAAAUGUCAGGUGGAUCGUAUGUCUUUUCCAUGCGGUUGCACUAAAGAAGGGUGUAGCAAUACAGCAGGUAGAAUUGAAUUUAACCCUAUCCGUGUACGGACUCACUUUUUGCACACAAUAAUGAAACUUGAAUUGGAGAAAAACAGAGAGCAGCAAGUUCCGGCACUAAAUGGCUGCCACAGUGAGAUCAGUGCACACACUAGUUCCGUGAGUCCAGGACCCCAUCCGGUUGAAUAUUCAAUUGCAGAAAAUUUUGAGAUUGAAACAGAACCUCCGGCUGCGGUUAUGCAUUCUCAGUCAGCCGAGGACUUGGACUGCCCAGGGGAAGAGGAGGAAGAGGAAGAUGGGAGUAGCUUCUGUAGUGGAGUUACAGAUUCUAGCACACAGAGUUUAGCCCCUAGUGAAUCAGAUGAUGAUGAAGAAGAAGAGGAAGAUGAGGAGGAAGAUGAGGAGGAAGAAAAAGCAGAUGAUUUUGUAGAAGGCAUGGGCUCCCAUGCUGAUAUGGUGCCUCUUCCUUCUGUCCUUUGCUACUCUGAUGGAACUGCUGUGCAUGAAAACCACUCUAAAAAUGCCUCAUACUAUACUAACUCUUCAAACCUGUAUUACCAAAUAGAGAACCACGUUGCUGGCACUGCUAACCAGAUCGGUGAGACUUAUUCAGAAAGGGAUGCUGUCAAGAACGGUAGUCUUUCUCUGGUGCCUUACAACAUGACUUCAGAACAGUUUGUUGACUACACACGGCAAUCAGAGGAAACUUUUAGCAGCCCUCAUUACCCUUCUGCAAACCCCUCAGUGAUUGUUUGCUGCUCAUCUUCUGAAGGUGAUAGCAGUGCUCCAUGUAACAGUUUAUACACUGAGCGUAGGCCAAGUCACCCUCAAGUGGAAUUUCACUCAUACUUGAAAGGUCCUUCUCAAGAUGGCUUUGUUUCAGCUUUGAACGGCGACGGUCGUGUACAAGAGCACCCUGCUGAGAAUUCACUAAACCUCCCAGAAAAGAGCAGACUGCACGAAGAGUGCAUCAAAUCACCAGUGGUAGAAACGGUACCUGUUUAAUAUUAAAAUUAUUCUAGGACUGACUUACUGUAUUACAAUGCACUCACAUUGGAUUUCCUAGAAUCUUACUUUUUUAAGAGGUAGACAACACUUGGACUAUAGUCAAUGUUCCAGACGCAUUUUGUUUUCUCAAGCUACACUGGCAGUGGUAUUGCACAAAACCAGUUCAUGUAAAGAUUUAAAUAAAAAUAAUCAAACUGUCUUUUGAUAAAAAUAAAACACGUAAGUAAAAAACACACCCAACAUAUUUCAAAGUAGCCUACCUAUCAACGUAUGUGAAACCUGCCAAGCUAUCUGAAAUCAAAGCUUCGUGGUUUUGAUUGUCGGGCCUGUGCAAGAUUGUUAAAAAUGAUACUUUGAAAUAAUCAUGUUUAAGAGUCCUAAUUUUCAACAUAUCUGAAAAGAUGGUAAGUUUAAUGUAAAAGUAACGACUA